AUGGGAAUUUGCAGCUCUAAAAAAUCUGAUAAGGAAGCAGGAAUAUAACUGCAAAUAGAGUAAACAGUAGCAGAAUAGAAAAAACUGAAAAUUGAAGAAGAGCUCUAAGUAUAAAACUCAACCAGGCGUUCAAUUUGCAAUUAAUUUUCUACACUUAACACAAAUGGAAAUGCUGUCACACUUCAUUAAGCUGAAUAAGAGGUCUAAGAAUAUUAGGAUGGUGAGCCAGAACAACAAUAACAGCCCAAACAAGCCAAAACUUCAAAGAAGAAGCCUAGAUCAACAAAAGAUGACGUAAAUUACUAUAGAAGAUCAGAUCACGUACUGAAAGUCUUUUCUUUAGUGGUUGAAUUAACUCAAAAUGAUCAAAAAAAAUAUUACAAUAUUACUAUUGGAACAAAAAUUAAAGAUUGUGUACAUUAUGCUCAUAUGAAUGGCAUAUUGAUCACUUAAAAUGAUUUUGAACUUUUUACUUUACAACCAGAGACAUUUAAAGAGGCUAAUAAAUAUUCUCGAAUACCAACAUUCUUUUCUACUGAUAAUUAUUUUAAUAUUGACAAAGAGAGUCCAAAUAGCUUUAUUUCUUUUGAGAAACUAUUAAAUAUUGAAAGAAAGAUUGCUCUAAAGUAAACUCAAAUGAGAUCAAAGAAGAAACAGAGCAUGAUAUAAGAUUAGCAUCUAAAUAAAAAAGAAGCUGACUUUAUUUUGACCACUAAUUUAGAAAUGCUUGAAAUUAUAACUGUUGUUGAUAUUGAACAACAGUCAAGAUUUUUAAAUGUGUUGUUUCAUUUGAUCCUAUAACACUAUCAUUAAAAUCUAGAUUAGUAUUUAGUGUUUAUAAUAAAUACAACAUUCUUGUUUGAUAUACCUCCCUAAUUUGAUUAACCAAACAUGUAUAGGUUGGCAUUGUUCUAUGAUAGUCUCUCUUACUCUUUAAAAGAUCUGUAAUAGAUUUUACUUAAUGAUAAAAGCGAAUUAAGUAAUGUACUACACAAAAAAUUGUCAUUAAACUUAAUAGAGAUCCUCAUUGGCUGUUAUGAGAAGUAUCUCUACAGACUCAAUUUCACAAUAUCAACAGUAUUUUAUGUUCCAAAAUAUAAAUCAUUUAAGCUGGAAUCGUUUGGUAGAAUGAAAACUUUAAUAGAAUUCGGUCAAAAUCCAGAAGUGACUUUGAAGACUUUGGAGGAAAAGAAAUAUAAGACGUUUGUAAAAAGUUUCAAGAAAGAUUUAUAUGCAAUAACUGAUAUGAUAAUCUACUUCAAAAGGGUUUAGACCUAGAAUUUAAGAACCAUAACGACAACGAGAAAGAAGUACUUUGUUAACAUGAAGAAAGAGUAAUUAGAGAAUUUAGAGGAAGAGAAGAAUUAUUGUUUAUUAGCUGAGAAGUUGUUUUGUCAUAAUCAAGAUCGUUAUCUACUUGAAUUCCUUAAGAUGGCCAUAUAUUCACAUGAAGGGAGUGAUGUUGAUAAAAUGAUUUAGGAUUUCAAAUAAGCUACAAACUCUCUUCAGAAAGAAUUAAAUGAAGUAGAUUUUUAGUAAGACUCAAAAUAAUUCGAUGAAUAAGAUUAAAAUCAAGAAUAGCAAAAACAAUCUAACUCUAAUUCAGUGGAUUUGGAUGAGUUGGCUGAAGUAAAGUAAAUAGACAGCUUUCCUGUGAAUAUAAGAGAAGACUAUAAAUCUAUUGCGUUGAAUAAGGACAAAAUUUCAGAAGUAGACCAAACGUAUUAGGAGAUAAUAUAUCAGUCAUUACUCUAUGGUAAUAAAUUUCAAGCUUGUUAUGAAAAGUUUCAAACUUUAUAGAAACCUAUUUUUUAAAAUUGUUAUGUGGAGAUACUUAAUAUUUUCUAUUUUAUUAGACAAUAUCCAGAAGAUUCAUGGCAAGAGAAAUUAAAAGUUGUUUCUUAAAAGAUGGACAAAGUCAUUGAUAUCAUUAAAACAAUAAAGGAUGAUAGCGUUGACAAUUUCCAUAUUACUCUCCUAUUUUAAAUUAUGACACUGUCUUAAAAGAAACCCUUUGUGAUUUUAAAUUAAUUAUAGAAAUGCAUAUCUAAUCAACUGAAAUAAAAGAUGUAAAUGGAUCAUAGAUUAAGAAGUCAAAAUUAAGCUAAAGGGUUACUUGAAUAAAAAAAACAUGUAAUGUUAUAAGUUUGGUCAGCUCUGUCUUAUCUCAGCUCAGAUAAUUAUUUUUAGGCAAUCAGCAAAAUCUAAAAAGCGAUAGGAUUCUAAUUGAAAAAUCAGCAUUAAGCAUCAUUGUCCUAUGGUUAUUCUUUGUUAGUGAGUGGAGAAAUAGCCAGAAUAAGUUUAGCACCAGUUUCAGCUAUGCUUAACUUAGAAAUGAGUUUAGUAAUUUACAAUCAAUUCUUUCCAGAAUUCAAGUCGGUUGAAGAUCAAUUAGACAUUUAGGAUAAAUCAGAAUACAACCCUUUUUAAAUCAAAUAUAAAGAUAUAAAAGUCAAAAAUUUAGCUACAAGUAACAAAGCUAAAGUAGAGUUUUUGCUUGGAAUGAGUUACUUUGAUAUCCAUGAUUAAGAAAAUUCAUUGUUGUGCCUCAAAAGAGCUUAAGAGUUGAUGUUACGAUCAUUUCAUAUUUAUGCAGAGGAAGUUGUUUUUCUAGUAUUAUAGUAAUUAUGGAUACAUGUUUUACAGGAUGACAUUGGACAUGCUAUGAACAUUGCAUUGUUUUAUGCUAAUGAUAUGAAUUUAUAAUAUAGAAAUGGUCGAGAAUUUAAAAAGAAGAUAAUUUCAAAAUUAUAGUUCAUAAUAGGGUCAAUCUUUGAAUUUAAUGGAUAAUAUUUAAGUGCUAUUAGAUUUAUAGAACGUUCUAAUAGGACAUUGACUAAUGCAAAAGGUAAUAAUUUUGUAAUUUAAAUGCAUUACUAAGCCAAGAAGAUUCAAAUAAUUUCAAAAUUGAGAGAGGCUUUUUUUAAAAUAAAAAGUAAAUAAUAAGUAAGAUGUGAAUAAGAUUUGAGUUUAUUCUAAACUUUGAAUGAAUCUUUGGGCCAGACAUUUCAAACACUUUAUUUUAAGUAACCAAUUACUCUGAAAACCUCAGUGUUAUUGGGUAAAGUUGGCAAGUAGAUAAUUCAUAUUCAAGGUUUGAUGAGAACAGAUGGAUAAACUAAAGCUAUGAAAUUAUUGGGAGAACUGAUUAAAGCUUUAAAUAAGAGUAAAAAGGAUGAAAUCUAUGGUUUGGUCUAGGAUAAGUAUCUAACAUUAUCUUUGGAAAAAAUGAAUCCGAAAGAAAUCGAAGUGUAAAUUCAUAGUAUAAUAGAAAUUCAUGAUAGAUACUUGUAAUUUCCAUUAAAGUAACAUCAUGUACUCAAGUGUUAACUUAUCCUAUUGUGUGUAUUAUUAAAAUAGAAAUCCACUAAUUAAAUAUUUGAACAUUUCAAAAAUAUUGAAUAAACAAUUGAGGAUUUCUAAAAUAUCCUAUAAUGGAAAUCAUUAUCAUCUAGUAGCAAAGAUGAUGUUUAUGUUUAAAAUAAAUUUGAGACCAUUGUGAAAAAGGGAAGAAUCGCUAUGGUCUAUCAAAUUGCUAAUGUUACAGAACUAAUUGAACUCUUCAAUAAAUUUAAGAAAAAAAUAUUUGAAAACUUAUAAAAUAGGGAUAAGUUCGUAGAUCUAGCCAACUAAUAUUAGAAGAAGAUAAUAAACAGUUAAGCUUUUCUAAAAUUAUUGGAGACUAAGCAAGAAUGUUUGCUUGGAAGUUAUUCUUAAGUGAAAAUAAUUAAUGAUGGAGAACAUGAAUUACAAUAAAUAGAACCAGUUGCUGCUAUUUAAAGGUAAAGUACACAACACUUGAAAGUAGUGGAGUAAUCAACAGAGGUUGAUACGAAGGAACAUUAGAAGUUGGUUUUUGAUUUGAGAAGCAUUGAAGAAUUAAUGGUAGAGAAGAAGUUAGCCCAUCAUAGAAAAGGGAAAACUUAAGAAGAACUUUUAAGAAUUGAAGAGACACCUGAACCAGAAAAAAUGAAGAAAUCGCAUAAAAGAAAUGAGACUGAAAUCCCUGUUAAUAAUGCUCUAAAAAAGAAGAAAGCUGAUUAUAAAAUAAACCCAUUCCAAAGUACUUUGAAAAAACAAUAAAAAUAGCAAUUAUGA